AUGCCGUCGUCCGAGGGACCGGUCAGAAUUGGAUUCGUCUUUGACGAGGUCGCUGGAUCCCCAACCCCCUUGGUGUCACCGACGGAGACUCCUGCUGGAAUCUAUAUGAAUAACAACGGUAGUAUGAAUCCGGACCUCCCCAAUUCUGAUGAUGCGAUUGCGUAUUGGACUUUCUCCUCCAACACGUCGAGACACACACCACUACUCCAUGACCGCUUCUCGGGGACGCAGGAGUCGACUUUGUCAGAAGGGCCGAAAUCGAGCUCCUCAAGACGAAACUCCACAGCCUACGAGCAAGGACUUGCGGAGAUGGCGGAUCUGAUGACCACGGUGGACCUGUCGGAGGCGGACAAAGAGAGGAUCCGUGAAAGAUUUACCCUGGACAAAUGA